AUGACAGCCAAUGGAGGGCCUGCGAGGCGGGAGAUGCGCAACACGCAGGCAUGCAAGCUAUGCCGGAGCCGCAAGGUGAAGUGUGACAGUAUCCGUCCAAAGUGCAGCCUAUGUCGAGCAGAGAAUGUUCCAUGCACAUACGAGCAGGACCGGCGACAGACAUCGCGGGUGUCGCAGGCAGUUAUCCAACGCAUCACCGACCGGCUGACGGAGGUGGAGGAGACGGUGCAUAGAUUAGAGGAGUCUCUAUCGCAUCAACGGCAUCAUGCUGGUCAAGUCCAGACCCCAUCCGAUACUGCGCCGUCGGUCGUUUCACCCACCCAUGCCUUGCAGGGGUUGGACGACGUUGGUAUGUUUAUGGACGCAUCACCAAGCCACGAUCCGCAGAAUCUGUACCCAGAGACCCCUGCCUUCGAUUUGGACCAAGGGCGUAAGCAGGGUGCAUCCAUUGAAAUACACACAGGAGUCGAGAGCGACGGCGGCCACAUAUCAGUGUACGGCCCAAGCUCGACAUUCAAUCCGCCCAUUUCAUAUACACUCUAUCGACAACCGCGCCCAGCACAGUUCUCUGCAACGGAAAGUAAAGACACGGCGGAAGAGGAAUGCCGAUUGUUUGCCAACUCGGCUCUUCAGAUACAAAAAGAGUGGUCCUAUAUGGCUGAGCGCAAGUUUGACCUGGACGGCCUGGAUCUUGAUACAGCGUGGCACCUCCUGCAGAUCCAUUGGAACCACCAUCACCAGGCAUACCUGACCACCUAUCGACCUGCAGUAAUGCAUAGUCUCGCAACGGGGGGGGCUUACAUCAACAAGCUCCUUUUGAACGCCAUUUACCUGUCAUCCGCGCUGAACAGCGAUCGCGACGAGUUGCACGAGGAUCCAGCAGACCGGCAAUCGCUAGGCAGGAGAUUCUUCUCUCGUAUCCAGGAAUUAACCCUCUCUGAGCUAGGCAGCUCGAGCGUUGCCACGGCCGUUGCGUUUCUGAUCACUGGCUCUAGUCUAGUGUCUGUUGGCCGGCAGACGGCUGGCUGGCACUAUUCAGGGCUGGGCUAUCGGAUGAUAAUCGACUUGGGCCUGCAUGUCGACCCCCAUAAGCUUCGCAUUUCCCAUCCAGAUCCGUCGCAGCCUGCAAUGGGCUUCACCGAGGUUGAUCUUGAACUGCAUCGCCGUGUAUACUGGGGUGCAUACAUCAAUGACAAGUUCCAGGCGCUCUAUUUUGGCCGCCCGCCAACGCUGACUGCAAUUGGCAUUGAGCCAUCCAGGACGUUCCUGGAUAAAUUUGAGGAGCUGGAGCUGUGGAAGCCCUAUGUCGACCCCCGGGCCAGAGUUCCACCCCCCGUAUAUGAGCCCCAGCCAGCCUAUACACUCUCCACCUUCCAGGCAUUCACGUACCUAGCCGAUAUUAUGGCUGGUAUCGUAACAGGGCUCUAUUCUCCCCAGGUGCAGUUUCUGUCCCAAGAGGAGAUCCUCGAUGUUGCUGGAGACCUGCAGAAAAGACUCGACGCCUGGAUGGCAAACCUUCCCAAGCAUCUGCAAUAUGACCCCAGCCAGGACGAAGCGCCGCCGGCCCAUCGCUUCAAUCCACCAAUGACCUUCCAUAUGUUGCACAUACUCCUUCACCGGCCCUUCCUUCCAGAGGGCCAUCUUCGACAUCUCGGAGCCUCCGCCGAAGCUGAGCAUCGCGAAAUCUGCCUGCUCUCCGCUGUUCAGAUAUACGAGCUGGCCAGGCGCUACCGUGACGCCUUCACCCUCCGCCGAGCGACCUACAUGAUCUCUUACUGCCUGUUCUGUGCGGCAUCUGUUAUUCCCUUCGGGCCCAGACAAUCCGUCGACGUCUCGCAGCGACACAUCGUCGGCUGGUUCUGGAUUGCGCUGAAAGAAUUACAGAACGGGGCGAAUUUCGGACUGCGCAAGCCGAUCAUAAUCAUCCGGUCGCUUAUUGAACACGCUGGGUUAGACUUGAACAGCAUCCUGGCCCAGACAGAGCCAUCCAGGCCAGCCAGCCUGGAGGCCGGAGCAGGCGGACAAGCCCAUGUCCAGCAUGACCACCGCUCCGGAGUGAUUGGUGUGAAUGGAGCAAUGCCACCUCAAGGUCCAGACGAGGCGCAGGUGCCCGAGAUAGAAGACGCAGAUUUUGAGACGCUGUGUCGGGACCUGUUUGCCGGUGAUAUUGAUGGGUUGGCAGCGCCGCAUGGGACUGAUGCUGAGGAUCAUUCGUUGCUGUAUGGUCUGUUUAGAUAG